GCCCAUCAUUUUUCGAUGGUGGCCCAAUUACAGUACUGUACUGAAUUCAUUUCUAUCUCUACCUCUGCAAAAUUAAUCUCCAGCCAUGCACGCCUGCAUCGCCUUCCUUCCAGUUUUGUCCUCCGCCGUAGCCCGUCAUUUCUCUUUCCUAAUCAAUGGAUUGGACCCUCACCGUCUGUGAAUUUCACCGCCUUACCUUUAUCACCUUAACUGCAGAAACAAAUUACGCCAAGGAUUUAGACCUGGUUAAUCAUCAAUAAUCGUGUUUAGGUGAUGUCAAUCUUCCAUGGCUUUCACUGUUAGCUGUAAAAGUGUAAAAGUUAUACAAGCGUAUGUGUGUAGUUACUGUUGAUUGGAGAUUGAAUGAGUUGAUUUGUGAAGUUCGGUGGACUCUGGAGCUGAGUUUUUUUUUGCUUUUGGUUGGAAGAGAUUUGCCGAUGGAGAAGGACGGUGGAUUCGAUGUGGAAAUUACUCAGAUGUCUUCGAAGAAGAAAGGAGCGGUUUCCAGAAAUUGGAUAGUGCUGGACCGUAGCGGGGGAGGGGUAGUUAUGGAUUUGGAUAAGUAUGAUAUCAUGAGAAGAGUGCCUAUCAAUGCUAGAGAUCUUCGAAUUCUCGAUCCUCUGUUGUCUUAUCCGUCUGCAAUUUUGGGCAGGGAGAAGGCAAUUGUCCUCAAUCUGGAGCACAUCAAGGCGAUUAUAACGACGAACGAGGUGUUACUUAGGGAUCCUCUCGACGACAACGUCAUGCCAGUUGUUGAAGAAUUUCAGAGACGAUUGCCGAUGGCCAUUGAAGGGGAAGAUGAGGAGCUGCCGGAAUCGCGCAGUAGCAUUGUCGGAACUGAUGAAGAAACUGAUUUUCCAUUCGAAUUUCGAGCUCUGGAAGUAGCAUUAGAAGCAAUAUGCAGUUCUCUUGACGCUCAAACUAGGGAAUUGGAGGUUGCUGCAUAUCCUGCUUUGGAUGAACUCACUGCUAAGACGAGCAGUCGAAAUUUGGAUCGUGUUCGUAAGAUGAAGAGUGCUAUGACAAGAUUAACAAGUCGGGUUCAAAAGGUAAGGGAUGAACUCGAACAACUUCUGGAUGAUGAUGAUGACAUGGCUGAUCUUUAUCUAUCAAGAAAAGCAACCAUGUCCGAUUUGGGCUCAUCUGACUAUGAACACACCAAGUGGCAACUAGCAGCAGAUGAUGAAUCUCUGUAUAUAAGCUCAAAGACAUCGCAAACUAGUAGCAGAACAACUGCACUGACCAGUUCUCAGGAGGAAGAUAGCGUCGAAAAACUUGAAAUGUUGCUUGAGGCUUACUUUGUGCAAAUCGAAAGCACGAUGAAUAAGCUGACAACGUUGCGAGAAUAUAUCGACGACACAGAGGACUACAUCAAUAUUCAGCUGGACAAUCAUCGAAACCAGCUGAUUCAGCUGGAGCUCUUCCUGAGCUCGGGGACCGUCUGCCUGUCAGUGUACUCCUUCGUUGCAGCUGUGUUCGGAAUGAACAUUCCAUAUCCAUGGAGGAAAGACCAUGGCUACCUGUUUAAAUGGGUUGUGAUGCUCACUGCACUUGCCUGUGGAUCCCUUUUCCUGUCGAUUAUCUCGUAUGCUAAGCAUAAGGGUCUUGUUGGUUCUUGAUUUGAUUUGAUUUAUAUAUAUAGCCUUUGCAGAUUUGGUAGUAGCCUUGGGCAAUGCUAACGUGCGCGACGGCGUAGGCGUCACCAGCAACCGUUGGAUCGGCUGCGUAAAUGCCGUGAUCUGAUCUGCACACGGCACGCGGGCCCCGCAGCAGAUUGGAUAUCUGGUGAAAUAAAUGAAUGCUGUAUAACGGUGAUGUAUAUUUUUAUUUUAUUUUAUUUUUUUUAUUUGAAUUUUUCUUUGAAACCCUAGACGAUGCUUAUUAUUUUAAGUAUGCCAAAUGUGUUAUAAGUAUAAAUAUAUUUGCGCAUGAAGAAAAUAAUAAUUCGAAUAGUAAAUUUGUGAGUGUGCAUGAAAAUUUAUGAAUAGAAAAUCCUUUUUAGGUCA